CAUUACUUGUUGUCUCAUUAGGUUCCUGACCUAUUUUGGUUCAUUUAGUCCUAUUUGUUUCCGUUGCUCUUCCCACCAUACAGUGGAAGGGUUCAUUUUAUGUGCCACGUGGCCCUAGGACCCCUUAUUGUUCCUUCUCUGAGUUGGUUGGUUUCUGGUGUUCCUCUGACGCUACCCCACUAGCCUGGCACUCGGACUGGCUCUGUUGGUGCCUUCAUUGGCCCUUAUGACCUACCUCUUUAGCACCCUCGCGCUCAUAAUCUUAUGGGUGCUGUUCCUCAUACUGACCUGUCCUCUAAUUUCUUCUUUUCUAUACCCUUUUGUUUCUCGCAGGUGGUGCUCAAGACUAUUCCGAUGCUGCAGGUGUGGGCGUGCGAGGGUGAGACUCUGGACCGGUGCCCGCCCAGUACUGUCAAGCCGCUAACCGGAUGGAGUCUUGCCCGCGCCCGUGACCACUGAAGGGUUUACUCUGGUGUAUCAUAGAAUGGAACUUUUGGUCUUAUCUCAUCCCAUUGUCACCUGUUUCUGCUGGAACAUAUAAAAGUUCAGAGCACGCCAACCCUCCAUUCUUGACCUGAAGGCAACACUGAGAAUGGGCAUAAUGCUGCUGCUUCUGGGCUUUUUGUCCGUCUUCAUAAACCCACUACAGGGAGAUGAGUCAUUCCAAUACUAUGGUACAGGAGACAAUGGUGAGAAUGAAUACCACACUGUGACGGUCAAUGAGCAAGUCAAGGUUGCAGUGGUUAAUGUGUACUCUGGAAGACAGUCAGCCAACGCCAUCUUCGAUUACAGCCAGAACAUUGUUGCCUACCACAUGCCCUACAAAGGGAUCUGUGUAUUGGCACACAUGGAUAUUGCUACCUUUCCACACCUUGGAUUCAUAAACGAGUGGAUUCACACCAAGAGGGAACAAAAGAAGGAACUGGAAGAGCUGCGCAAACAUUACUUUGUGACCAACCAGAUGGUAUACGAUCUUGGCCAUUUUGGUAACGCCGUGAGAAGCCUUUGCUGGGGAGUUCCAACCUACUGGGCUCGAGAAUACCCUCGUCCACAACGUAAUUUUGGUGCUAGUGCAUGUGCUGGUAUUCAUUUUUUCUUCAUACGUAUUGGUCUCUGUGGAGGAUUCAGUCUGUAAUCUUCAGUAUGUACAACGUCUGAAAACACUUGGUGCCAUCCACAUUAAAGUAUGACUUGCUACAGAUUAUAACACAGUAUAUGUGUAACAUGUUGUGGUUACAGACCAAUUAUAAUAAUAAAAAAAGUAUUU